ACUCGUCGUUCUGAAAAUAAAUCUUUUUUGAAAGGCUUUCCCUUGAUUGAAGAAUUUAACUCAAGUCAUUUAUUUUGCCAUCUACCAGGUAAAUCGCUAGGGAAUAGGGGCUGGAGCUCCGAAGUGAAGCGAUGUCAGUCAAACUGAAAUUGAGUGACUUCAAUGUCUUCCGAAGCUGUGCCCAACGAUGAGAAGGCGCCGGAGGCGCCAAACGCGCCGGAGAAGACCAUGAAAGUGACCAUCACCUCCAGCCAAUUGGAAGCGCCGGGUUUUUCCAAACAGAUCAACUCGAAGAGCAGGCAACUGCCCAAACUGGUGCCUCACACCCCCAGGAAACUCUCUCUGGAAAGCAAAGUGACUCGUCGAGACUCCGCCGCCACUUCCGUAGGGAGAGAGGAGGAAGUCACGCAAGAAACCCUUGAUGAGAUUCGGGACGUUUUCCAGCUGUUCGAUAAGGAUGGAGAUGGCACGAUAUCCACAAAGGAACUGGGGGUAGUGAUGAAGGCCCUGGGGCAAAACCCCACCGAAGCGGAGCUUCUGGACAUAAUCACCGAAGUGGAUAAGGAUGGAAAUGGGUUGAUAGACUUCGAUGAAUUUGUGGAUGUGAUGAAGGGAAUGAUGAGGGACUGCACCAACGAAGACGACAUCAAAGGCGCCUUUAGAGUCUUCGACAAGGAUGGCAAAGGGUUUAUCACAGUCAGCGACAUGCGAGACACCAUUGCCAGCUUGGGGGCCAAAUUCGCCGAUGAAGAAUAUGACGAAAUGAUUCAGGCGGCCGAUCUGGAUGGCGAUGGCCAGGUCACUUUAGAUGAUUUCAUGGAACUGAUGAUGUCCAAACAUCAACCCUAAGCUUUGUAGGAUGUUCACAAGAUGCUAAAUAAAUAAAUGAAUAAGAGAACUUUA